AUGGCUCAACAACAACAGCAGCCGUUCCUUAUACCACCUUCCUACAUCCUACGGGAGGGCCUGAAGGCUUGUAACGUAGACGAGAAGACCCAGGCAAGGCGCCUGACAAGCACAAACGUCCGUCAAUUCAAAGCGCAUUUCGGAAAAAAUCCUCUCCACCUUGCUCGAGUCUAUCGUGAUCUUCAAGUCAAUGGAAUCCUCGAAGCGGCAGAGGCAGAGAAAAAGAACUCAUUCAUUGGAUUCAUGCUUGCCAACAAUUUUCUUCGUCUCUAUGAGACAGCCGAUGUGCGGAAUGCUCGAUUCAAUAUUUGUCACGACAAUAUUUGCGCGUUUACAUGGCGCUUUGUUCGAAUGAUAGGAGAGUUGAAAGAAUACAAAAUCAAAUGCCCAACUGAAUGGAAAGUGCGAAUGGGAGCAACUGUCGAUGGCACUCAGAUGAGAACCAAUGAGCCAAGAGAUCCAGAUAUGAGGAGAAAUCCCAAGAACUAUGCUUACAAAUUCAACUUUGCCGGUCUCAACUACCAGAUCGUCCUUUCUCUUUGGACAAACCAUGUCUGGUACGCCAAUCUUGGAGAUACUGGGAGUACCCAUGACAUGACAGCAAUUCGCAAAGAGUUUCUUGAUAUGGUACCAGAGGGAUGCCGAGUGAUUGCGGACUCUGGUUACAGUGGCAAGAGCGAACAUGAAAAGCAAGUUUUUGCCGUUGUGUCAGAGAUGGAUACCCCGGAAGUAAGAGCUUUUAAGGGUGCAGCAAAGGCAAGACAGGAGGUGUUCAACAAGAAGAUGAAAGACUUUGAUUGUUUAACAAAGAGAUGGAUUCAUGGCGUCGACAAUCACAAGCUUGCUUUCAAUGCUUGUCUGGUUCUGACUCAAUACGCGAUUGAAGAUACAUCUCCACACGGAGAGCCCCUGCACACCCUCUAA